AUGGCCUCGGUGCUCUUCGACUCAGGCCUGUACCGCAACGCCCGCGCGGCCCACAUGUACAACGUGCUCGGCUUCGACCACGUCCCGCCCGCCGCCUUCCGCGCCAAGGCCAGGGAGGACAUCAAGGCCCGGUACGCCGAGAGCGUCACCUUUGCCGACGUCGAGGUCCUGCAGGCGUCCAAGGUCGGGGAGGGCCUCUUCAGGGCGGAGGACGCGCGGGGGCGGGCGUGGUUCGGCAGGCGUAUGGUGCUGGCCACCGGCGUCACGGACGUGAUGCCCGACAUCCCCGGUUACGCCGACUGUUGGGGACGCGGCAUAUUCCACUGCCUCUUCUGCCACGGCUUCGAGGAGCGCGGGGCGGAGAGGGUCGGUGUCCUGGUGUCAGGCAUGGUAGGGAACCUUAAGAUGGCGACGCACAUUGCGCAUAUGGCGCGUCCCCUGGGGAAGCAUGUGACGAUCUAUACGGAUGGGAACUCGUCUCUGGCCUCGGAGAUUUCAGCACUGGCCAACAACCCCUUCGCAGUCGACGUCCGCAAGAUCACGAAGAUGCGCAUGGCCGGCGGCGACAACAGAGUGCACCGCACCAGCGUCGCGCUCACCUUGGAGGGUAGCGACGACGAGGUCGCGGAGGGAUUCCUCGCCCACGGGCCCUUCACAAAGGUCAACGGCCCUUUUGCGGAGCAGCUGGGGCUGGAGAUGGCAGAGAACGGGGACAUCAAGACGACGCCGCCGUUUGGCGAAACGAGCGUUGCCGGGGUGUAUGCCGCCGGAGACUGCGCAAGCAUGCUUAAAUCCGUCUCGUCUGCAACCACAAGCGGUGUGCUUUGUGCGGGUGGAAUGGUGGUGCCGCUGCAGUCGGAGCCAAGGGCUGAGUUGGAUGUUGAGGCGGUCGAAAGGAUUAUUGGGUGA